GCGAUUAAGUCCUACGGCAGGUUCAGUAUAUAAGCACCUAACACGGUCUUCGGCUGUCCUUAAGUAUAUUUGGCAGCACUCGGAGCGGCUAAAAUAAUUUGCAAAUUUUUACUUCUCGUAUAAUUCAUGCGUCUAUUCUCGCUCGCCGCCGUAGCUGCUUUGAUAGCAUCUAUGUCUAUCAGUACAACCCUAGCUAGUCCCGACAAUACUUGUCUUGCCGUUGGCAAGUAUUGUGAUGCAGACUUUGAGUGCUGCUCUGAUGCGUGCACAUGGAAAACUGAUUGCAGUGAGAAAUAUUGUGGCGUUUAUGACAGUAUGCUCGAUCUCGACGAGCUGAAACGUUCUUAUAUUGAAUGCUAAGUUCAUCAGCUUGAAAAUGAUUGCAUGCUUAGUCUUUGAUAUACAACACCUUUCGUCUGCGUCCCAUUUCACUCAUCGUCUCAUCGUAGACAUGUCUAACAGUCUUCUCCGUACGAUAUUAUAUCACCGACUCGAAGCGUACUUUCCAUGUGCGCUUCUUUGUCAUUUGGUACUUUUUUGGAAUUGAUUUUACUCACGUGAUGAGAUCGU